AAUUCGCACCACAUCUCCCCAGCUUUCCGCACCGCACCCCUGCUCUCCCCGGGACCGCGACCAUGGCGUUCAUGGUGAAGAGCAUGGUGGGGGGGCAGCUGAAGAACCUGACGGGCGGCCUGGGCGGCGAGGAGAAGAGCGAGGGCGAGAAGUCCCCUGCCGAGGCGCAGGGAAUGACCCGGGAGGAGUAUGAGGAAUACCAGCGGCAGCUCGUGGAGGAGAAGAUGGAGAGGGAUGCCCAGUUUGCCCAGCGCAAGGCGGAGAGAGCCACGGUCAGGUCCCACUUCCGAGACAAGUACAGGCUCCCCAAGAACGAAACAGAUGACAACCAGAUCCAGCUGGUGGGAGGUGACGUGGAGCUGCCCAAGGAGCUGGCCAAGAUGAUCGAGCAGGACAACGAGGAGGAGGAAGAGAAGAACUCCGUUAUCGGCCAGCUCAGCAACAUCCAGAACCUGGACCUCGACUCUCUGAAGGACAAAGCCUCGGCCACGCUCGAGGACCUGAAGCAGUCGGCUGAGAAGUGCUCCAUGAUGUGAGGCGGCAGCAGCCCCGCUCCCCGCCGGCGGGGUGGGAAGGGAGGGGGGCAGCAGAGCGGGGACCCCACUGAUGCUGCCCCCCUCACCCCGCAGAGCCGGGUCCUCCUCCUGCCUCAAUCCCUGCCCCAGGUGUCCCUGAUGUGUGCCUGUUGUCCUGUUCUGCGGUCCAAGGUUAGAGCCGAGAGGCAGCAUGUUCCCCUGUGCCCCAUCCCAUCCCUGUGCCUGGCAGUGGGUGUCC